CGGCGGGAGCGGAGGGGGGCGGGGUAACGACAGCAGCAGACGGAGCGGGAGCAGGGCCGGGCCCCGCCCCGGGGCUGGAUCCCCGGCGGCGCAUGCGCAGGCGCUGCCCUUCCUGUAGCGGGCACGGGGCGCUCAGGGCGGGCAGCGCAGCGGCAGCAGCAUGGCAGGAAAAGCGUUUAGGAAAUUCCUUCCCCUGUUUGAUCGUGUUCUGGUUGAACGAUGUGCAGCUGAGACUGUAACCAAAGGAGGAAUCAUGAUUCCAGAAAAAGCUCAAGGGAAAGUGCUACAAGCAACAGUAGUAGCAGUUGGAUCGGGAGCCAGAGGAAAGGAUGGUGAGAUUCAUCCAGUGAGUGUUAAAGUUGGUGAAAAGGUUUUGUUACCAGAAUACGGUGGCACAAAGAUUGUACUAGAAGAUAAGGACUACUACUUAUUUAGAGAUGGUGACAUCCUUGGGAAGUACCUGGACUGAAGUUGGUUGCAGUAUCAGUCAUCCAUUCCACUAAAAUGCUGAAAUCCUUUCUUUCAUCAUGUAAAUAAUGUCCUUUAUUUUAUAAUAUGCAGGCAUUGAAUCUCUGAAAUAACUUGUGAUCUCACUGUAAUGAUGGAACACAAUAAACGUGUGCAGUCAGAAGUCGGUUGCUCUUUCUUGAGUUCCAUUGAACAGUGAAAUAAAGAUGACCACCAACCAGCCUUAAUUAUUCCAAGCAACAUCAUUUUUAUAUCCUUAUCUGUGUACUGAGACUGUAAAGGCCUUUACAAUAAAUUUAUUAAAACUGU